AUGUUGCAAGGGAUGGAGACAGCAGGGAGCAUCGACAUCAUCAUCAUCAUAGGCCGUCAUCAGCCAUCGUUGAUGAGAGUUGUAGAUGUGGAUCUAUACAAUUCCAUGGUGUUGGGACCGACUGAUCAUGCUGUUGCAAAGGCCCUCUCAGGUCCAGACCUGGUGGUUGGUCAAGUGAGUCAUGUGGCCCAGCCUCGUCGCCAGGAGCAAGUUUAUCGAGAUCUCAGGUUAAUCUCCGUCACGGAGUCGAUCGGCGUUCAAGGGACAGAAGACGAGGCUCAGUGUCGAAGAACUUGUUGA